UAGAAGGCAGUGAGGCUUACGUGCCUUUCCAGUAGCUGAGGGGUGGGGAGUUGAGAAAGGGGGAGGGUCUCUGAGAGCCCCACCUCCCCAGAGCCCCCUGCCCAAGAAAAAAGCGGGCUGGGUGGACAGAAGACCUGGAUUCCAGCCACCCACCCAGCAUUGCAAAGAAAGAUUUUUUUUAUGCAAAGUCGCGAGUGAGGAUCGUGUGCCAACCCCCUCCUGGGAUGCUGCGAUGAACUUGUUGCCAAACAUGAGAAUUUUGAUCCCGUGGCCACGAGGAUGCCGCAACAGUCGAUUUCCUGGAGGAAGAGCCAGCAUGAUUUCUUUGGUGGAGGAAAGGGAAGAACUACAGGCUGUGAAUGAAAACCUUGGCCAAGAACCAGAAGAAAAGGAAAUCAGGCAAGAUGCCCACACAGAGGGUGGAAUGACAAUGGAGAAUGAAGACUGGGAAGAAGAAAAGGAGGAGGAGGAGGAAGAGGAAGGAUCUCCAGUUGUCCAUGAAGGCCAGGACCUCAAGGUCCCCCCUCAAGUCCUGGCCUGGGAGGAGGCGUGUGAGGCUCUACAAAGCAGGAGAAUCCAGAAUGGGGACAGGAAAGCCAGAUCCAAAAGGGAAAAAACCUCCAGAGGGAGAUGUUCUUGGGGUAACCAACACUGUCGCCCUGGCUACCGCUGUGCGGGUACCGCCUCCCCCCGAUUCUUUGACUGCCCCGAUUGCGGGAAGCGGUUUACUCUGAGUUCUCACCUAAUCCGGCACCAGCGGGUGCACACGGGGGAGAGACCGUUCGGGUGCCAAUCCUGCACCAAGAGCUUUUCUCAGCGGUCGGACUUGGUGCGCCACGAGCGCACACAUGCCGGGAUCAAGCUGUACCGCUGCAGCCAGUGUGACAAAUCCUUCUCAGAAAGUUCCCACCUCAUUCGCCACCAGAUGAUCCAUUCCGGGGAGAAACCUUUUAAGUGCAACGUGUGCGGCAAGCGUUAUGGGGACAGCUCCUACCUCACGGUGCACCAGCGAGCUCACACGGGGGCUCGGCCUUACCGCUGCGUUCGCUGUGGUAAGAGCUUCGGCCGAUCCUCGACUCUCAUCCGUCAUCAACAGGUCCAUGGGGACUCAGCGCCUUUCCCUGGGGACAAACCUCGUCCCCGAGGCAUUUGGACACCAUUCGCCUGCCUACCGGGCGAUGAGGACACAGAGCCACUUCUCUCCCCUCAGAGGAGGCUCACGUCACCGACGCCAUCCCUUGCGUCGUCUGUGCUGUCCCUGGCGCCCCCUCCCCAGAUGGACCCCCGUUCCAUGAGGAUUAUGGGAUGGCAAUGGGGGAUAGAAUAAAAAGAAAGCUGGUCGAAGGGCAGAGAAUCGAAAUGGAGUUGAGCCUUUUGGAAGAGGAAGAUUGGAUGGAUAGCGGAGAACACCUUGGUUGCUAGGGUUACCUAAGGGGGUCCAAUGUGAAAUAACUCCUUGUGAGAACUGAUGGACUACGUCAAAAAGGCUGAUGGAGGGUAGAAGCAGCUUCUUGGCUGAGAAGUAUUUUGUAGUUGAGAAUGACGAGAGUUAAAUAACUGGUGGGUUUUUUUUGCUUAUUAAAGAUAAUUCAAUAUUGGGGAUUAUCAGAAGGGCCCCAUAGGACAUCCCAAAGGUGCUUUUUUUUAGGAGGCAACUGGGAUUUCUUGUUUAUUUUUUCUUUCUGAAGACGUUUCUCUUCUCAUCCAAAAACCUUCUUCAGCUCUGAGAGGAUGCUGGGGAACGGAAGGAUUUACACUCUGCAUCCUUUUCCUUCAACGAUCCUCUAAAAGGAGGUAGAUGUCCUGCAGUCUGCAAGGAAUAUAAAUCCUUCCAUUCCCCACUAUCCAGUCAGAGAUGAAGUAGCUCCUUGG